GCGUCACUGGCGGAGCCGCAGGUUGGCUCUUGCCUGACUUGGUCUUGCCCAUCGUCGCCAGCGACGCACACUACAAUCUAUUCAACUUUUUAAAAUUGUUUGGCAUAGCAUGCAACAAGCAACUCCGGCACCGUCAUAUCAUCGCCCGUCGCCACCUCCAGGAGCAAGCACGGUGCAUUCUACGGCCACCGCAGAUGACCAUCCAGUCGAAUACCCCGUGCCCCCGCAGAACGACGGGAGCGCGCCUUUCUAUGUGCUGUCUGCCCUGUUCGACAGACUGCAGAAUGAACGGAAACCUGACAAGCGGCGAAGGCUCCUCGCCACGUGGUUCAAUCACUGGCGGGAAGACAAGGGAUACGACUUGUACCCCAUUUUAAGGCUCAUUUUGCCCCAGAAAGAUCGAGAGCGUGCAGUCUACGGGCUUAAGGAGAAGGCUCUGGCUAAGAUUUACAUCAGGAUGAUUCCUUUGCAGAAACAAGACCGGGAUGCUAUCAGGCUUCUGAACUGGAAAAAACCCGCAGACAAGGAGGCUUCGGCGGGAGACUUUCCAACUGUCCUCUAUGAGGUCAUCAGCAAACGGUCUUCUGUCAUACAGGGCUCGCUCUCUGUCGAGGACGUGAACGAUGUUCUUGACGAGCUUGCCAAGAACGGGGGCAAAUCUGAACCACAAGUGAAGAUCAUGACCCGAGUCUAUAACAGCAUGACUGCAGAAGAACAACGAUGGUUAGUCCGAAUUAUCCUCAAAGACAUGGUAAUUUCAGUAAAGGAAACGACCGUGUUCUCCGUAUUCCAUCCCGAUGCUCAUGAUCUCUUCAAUACCUGCUCUGAUCUCAAAAAAGUUGCAUGGGAAUUGUGGGAUCCGCAGCGCAGGCUUAAUGAAGAGGAAAAAACCGUUCAUCUCUUUCGUGCGUUUGCACCUAUGCUCUGCAAGCGUCCAACCAGGCGCAUCGAAGAGUCUGUCAAAGACAUGGGCGGAAGCAAGUUCGUCAUCGAGGAGAAGCUCGAUGGCGAGCGCUUGCAGCUACACAAACGCGGUAAUGAGUAUUUCUACUGUUCCAGGAAAGGCAAGGAUUACACCUACUUGUACGGCAAACACGUCGGAUCGGGUAGUUUGACCCCUUUCAUUGAGGACGCAUUUGAUCCAAGAGUAGAAGAAAUCAUCUUAGAUGGGGAGAUGCUCGUAUGGGACCCGGUGUCUGAGCGAAAUCUUCCCUUCGGAACGCUGAAGACGGCUGCGGGAGACAAGACCAAUAAAGAGUUACGCCCGCGACCAUGCUUCAAAGUCUUCGAUCUACUACAUUUGAAUGGGCAGAGUCUUCUGCAGAAGUCCCUAAAAUUCCGGAAAAACAACCUUCGUGCAUGUCUGAGCGAAGUCAAGGGUCGCCUGGAGUUCGUCACGGAAUUUGAAGGCAAGACGGCACAAGACGUCCGGCAAUAUAUGGAGAUUAUCAUGAACAAUCGUGGCGAGGGGCUCAUCAUGAAACAUCCCGGCUCCGAAUACGUCCUUAACGGACGAAACAAGGAUUGGAUCAAAGUCAAACCUGAGUACAUGGAUAACAUGGGUGAAACCGUCGACGUGCUGGUUGUUGCCGGCUGCUACGGUACGGGUCGACGCUCUGGCGGCGUUUCUACUCUCGUGUGCGCGGUGCUCGAUGAUCAGCGAGCUGCGGGAGAUGAUGAUGGCAUGAAGUAUCGCACCUUCGUUCGCAUUGGAUCUGGCCUAACGUUUGCGGAUUACGUCUGGAUUCGUCAGAAACCAUGGAAGGAAUGGAACCCAAAGCAGCCACCUCCCUGGCUGCUGACUGCGAAGAGGGGUCAGGAAGAUAAGGGCGAUGCCUAUCUAAAGCCGGAAGAUUCAUUCAUUAUCAAGGUCAAGGCCGCAGAGAUCACUCCCACGGAUCAAUACCACAUAGGCUAUACCAUGCGCUUUCCUCGCGCUAUGAUGAUUCGUGAAGACCUCGGUAUCGAGGACUGCAUGACUGCUAGUGCGGUCUUCGAGAGUGUCCGCUCCGAAAAGAAGCGGAAAGCAGAAAGUGGGGGUGGGGGUUCAAAGAAGAAGCGCAAGGCAACCGCUAAGAAGCCUACUGUAUUGCCUCACUUCAACGUCGCCGAGGAUCUGAAAGACGUCAAGGUAGAAGGCGAGCUGUUCAAGGAGUUUACUUUAUUGGUGGCGUCCGAUCCGAAGUCCAGAACAGGUGAAAGUGACAGAAAGGAGCUCAUGAAACUGAUCAAGGCGAAUGGCGGCAAAUUUUGUCAAGUUAUCAAUAACCGGCAGGGAGAGAACACGAUGGCUGUGUACGAUGGUGCGACUAUUCCCUACGACAUCAAGAUGAUUGUGGACAGGGGAACUCAUGACAUCGUCAAACCUGAAUGGAUCAGAGACAGCGUUGCAAGGGACGAGUUGGCACCUCUAACGAAGAAGUAUCUCUUCUUCGCUACGGAAGCCCGUCGGAAUACUGAGGAAUAUAGCCUGGCGGAAGGUGCUGACGUUGAGAUGGAGGAAGCAGUCGCAGGUGCUCCUCCAUCACCGACUGCGUCAUCCGAGACAGAACCGGAGACGGAGGAGCUGACGCGUGCUCGGGAUGAGCCAAAAGAGGAAGCCGAUCCCACCUUGUCCGAGUGGUUCAAGAUCAGUGCAAAGGACGUACAUAGGGGAAAGGUGGCAGCACAAGAGGAAGAAGUUGAGAGCGAGACCGAGCCAGAGUCGGACAAUGAAGAUGUGCGCGACAAAAACGCUGAGAUUGACGAAUUAGCAGACGAGAUGGGGGACGACUGGUUCGAGGUUUCUGCCCUCGGGAGUGCCGAGCCUGAUAUCAGCGAGUCAUCGACGCAAGCCUCCGAACUUGCCAAGAUGGGAGAAACUGAGGAAGCUAUGGAAUACGACCAGGAGCUGAUUUUCAAGCACCUAUGUUUUUAUCUUGAUUCUCCAUCAAAUGCCAGGACGAAUGGUAUGGUCGUUAAGGCCAAGGGUGCAGAGGAUCUCGAUGUACAUUUCAACGAGCUUGCGCGCAAGAUCAGAGCAAAUGGCGGCAAGGUCACCGACAGCCUCGAUGAGACGAAGCUUACUCACGUCGUUUUGGACAAGCGGGACACUUCUCGACGUGCCGAACUUAACAAGCGGACAUCGAAGCCGAAGCGCAGACAUCUCGUCGUCACCGACUUCAUCGAAGCUUGUCUUGAGGAAGACACCCUGCUGGAUGAAGAUUCUUUUGCUCCUUAG